AUGUUUACCAGACCUCUUGGUCUCAAUAGGCACUUACACACUACCCUCAGAGUGUUUACCCCUGUCUCUCCGUCCCAAAGCUCGCCCCUCGAAACUAGUCUUCGGAACGGUUUGAAAGAAGCUAUGAAAUCCCGAAAUCGACCAGCUACUACAACUUUGAAAACGAUAUUGGCAGAUAUCACGUAUACCUCAAAAUCUUCCCCAGAUCCGUCAAAGCCUUUAUCACAGGAAAGAGUGUUGUAUGUUCUUAGGAAAGGUAUCAAACAGCGAUCCGAAGCAGCUCUCUCUUAUUCACCCACCUCUCAAUCUCCUCAUCCCGAAAACUAUUCAAAUCUUUCUGACGAAAUCUCUCUCUUAAAAUCAUACCUCCCUCCCGCCCCUUCAGACACCACGGUCAGAGGGAUGAUAGAUGAUAUCAUCUCGACUCUCGAUGAAGAUGUUCGAUUGGGGAAAGGAGCAGCGGGGAAUGUCAUGAAACUUCUCUGGGAAAGAUUAGGGGAAGACAAGGGUUUGGUGGAUAAGAAAGAAGUUGGGAAAUGGGUUCAAGAGGGUUUGAAGAAGAUAUGA